AUGUCCAAAAGAACAUCAUACGAACGCUCCGAACUCGGGCAUACGACUCUCAAACGCGCGAAACGAGUAGAUGAUAAUCUUCCCUACGAUCAAGUUCAAGAAGCCCUCGGUGCACAAGAGGAAAUCAAGGUUGUGACAAAGGUAGCGCAUUGGUUUCGUCCAAAAGAUCUCCGCAUUCAAGACAACACCGCGCUGUAUCAUGCUUCCGAGCUUGCCCAAAGUGCGAGCAAGCCUCUCGUAUGUUUUUACGUCAAUUGCGCUGCAGACGAGUCGUGGCAUGGGACUAGCCCCGCAAGGGUCGAUUUCAUGUGCGAGGGAUUGCGCAUCAUGCAGAAAGAGCUCAAGGAGUUGAACAUACCACUAGUCUUUCUAGAGUGCGAGGAUAGGAAGAAGAUUGUACAGACAGCAGUGGAUUGGAUGCAAAAGUGGGAGAUUUCACACGUGUUUGGCAACUUGGAGUACGAGAUUGAUGAGAUGCGGAGGGAUUUGAAACUCUGCCAAACAGCUGGAGAUGGUAUUCAAGUCUCAUUGUAUCAUGACCAGACCGUUGUCGAGCCUGGCACAAUGCUUACAGGUGCUGGGACACCCAUGAAAGUCUUUACACCCUUCUUCAAAGCGUGGCUCGAGAGGCUGAAAGACGAGCCGGAAUUGCUUGACACUAACCCUCCACCUACCGCGAAUCCCCCCUCUGCGAAGAAGGAGCUAAAAAGCCUCUUCGAUACAGUCGUACCCCAGCCUGCAAAAGACAAGCAAUUCGAGUCGGAAGAAGACAAAAAGAGGAUACGGAAGCUGUGGCCUGUCGGUCACGAUGCAGCAGCAAAACGAAUGGAUGCGUUCCUAAAGCAAAUUGACCACUACGCCGCUACACGCUCAAAUCCUGCCGCAAAUAGCACGUCACGCAUGUCUGCCUACUUUAGUGCGGGCAUGUUCUCCGUACGCGAAGCACUGCAGAAAGUUGUAGAUUACAAUCGCGGCAGUACCGAUUUUACCGAAGCCAAGGCAUCCAAUGGCGUCUACGGCUGGGUCCGCGAGAUUGUUUUCAGAGAACUCUACAGACAGACAACCAUGACUACGCCACACACCUCCAUGAACCUCCCACAGAAUCUCAAAUUCGACGCAGUAGAGUGGGAAGACGACCAAGCAGGCUGGGAGAAAUGGUAUGAAGGCAAAACAGGCGAACCCUUUGUCGAUUCUGGGAUGCGGCAGCUCAAAGCCGAGGCAUACAUGCAUAAUCGCUUACGUAUGAACGUGUCCUCCUAUCUCUACUGCAACCUCCUGCUCGACUACCGCCGCGGCGAACGCUACUUUGCCGAAACUCUGAUUGACUGGGACCUUUCCAACAAUACCCAAGGCUGGGAGCCUUCUUACACCGUCUUCAACCCCGUCUCUCAGGCUGAGAAGAACGAUCCCGAUGGUGAUUAUAUCCGUAAAUGGAUCCCAGAGCUCAAAGAUGUCAAGGGAAAGGCGGUAUUUGCUCCUUACGCGAGGUUGUCAAAGAGCGAGUUCGAAAAGCUGGGUUAUCCAAAACCGCAUGUGGACUGGAAAGAAACGAAAGCUAGGGCGUUGGAUAGGUUCAAACGAGGGUUGAGGAACGCGGAUAUCUAG